GAAUCUUAUCGAUUUAAGACAUCUGACAGCAAAAGUCCCACUCAAAAUUCACUUCUUUCCUUCUCUCUCUCUCUCUCUCUUAAUUCUUUCUCUCUCUAAAACUCUGCAACAUCUACUACUAAGCUACUUUAAAAAGCAGCAGUAGUAAAACUUUUUACAGCUCGAAGUUGCUUCAAAUGAAGUGAAAAAUUUCACUUCUCAAGAUCUAUUUCAACACUGAUUUCUUUAUUUAAUCUUCUCUCCAAAACAAAAUAAUAUUAGUGUUCAAAAUAGAGAGAGAUCUGCUGCAAAUGGUUCGCCCUCUCCUCUUCUCCCUCUUUCUUCUGCUGUUAGGGUCUACAUCAAAUGGAUUAACACCAACGCCUUACAGAGAUGAUGAUGCUUCAUCGAACUCAAACGAAAUGAGUGCUCUUAGGCACCCCAAGGCAGAUGCUCGGAGUUUAUCAUCAUCUAGCCCAAUCAAAACGAGUUCCGUCAGUCAUGCUGUGGCAGCAGUGGGAGGGAUAGGGGCCAAUUGGGGGUCUCAAUCAACUCACCGAUUGCCACCGGAAAUAGUGGUGAGAAUGCUAAGAGAAAACGGGAUCCAAAAAGUGAAGCUUUUCGAUGCGGAUUACGACACUUUAAAAGCUUUGGGAAAAUCGGGAAUUCAAGUGAUGGUUGGCAUUCCAAACGACAUGCUCUCGACUUUCGCCAGCAGUUCAAAAGCUGCUGAAAAAUGGGUCUCGCAAAACGUCUCCCAUCAUCUCACCACAAACAAUGUUCUGAUCAGGUACGUGGCCGUAGGAAACGAGCCUUUCUUGGCGACGUACAACGGAACCUUCCUCCGAACAACUUAUCCGGCACUAGAAAACAUCCAAAAAGCGCUCACAAAAGCCGGCCUUCAGAACCAAGUCAAGGUCACGGUCCCGCUAAAUGCCGACGUCUACGAGAGCGCCAGCACCCUACCAUCCGGCGGCGAUUUCCGGGCCGACAUCCACGACAACAUGAUCCGGAUCGUGAAACUGCUAAGCGACAACGAGGCCCCGUUCACGAUCAACAUCUACCCGUUCAUAAGCCUCUACAUCGACCCGAACUUCCCCGUCGAGUACGCCUUCUUCGACGGGGGCGCGACCCCACUCAACGACGGCGGCACGAGCUACUACAACAUGUUCGACGCCAACCACGACACCCUCGUGUGGGCCCUACAGAAGAACGGCUUCGCCAACCUCCCGAUCGUAAUCGGCGAGAUCGGAUGGCCCACGGACGGCGACCGCAACGCGAACAUCGACUACGCGCAACGCUUCAACCAGGGCGUCAUGGCCCGUAUAACGGCCGGGCGCGGGACCCCCAUGCGGCCCGGCCCGAUCGACGCGUACCUGUUUAGUUUAAUCGACGAGGACGACAAGAGCAUACAACCGGGGAACUUCGAGCGCCAUUGGGGUGUGUUCCGUUUCGACGGUCAACCCAAGUACUCGCUCAACCUAGGUGGGCCCACGGGCGCGCUCGUGCCGGCGAAAAACGUGAGCUACUUGGAAAAGAAGUGGUGCAUUAUGAAGCCGAAUGCGAGGGUUGAUGACGCGCAGUUGGCUGCGAGUGUGAGCUACGCAUGUGGGAGAGGGGAUUGCACGUGCUUAGGGUACGGAACUUCGUGCGGGGGUUUGGACGCGAGGGGGAAUAUUUCGUACGCGUUCAAUAGUUAUUAUCAGAAGAAUAAUCAGAUGGAUGAAGCAUGUAAGUUUGACGGUUUAGGGACAAUCACGAGGGCUGAUCCGACGGUGGGGAGCUGCGUGUUUGAGAUCGCCAUCAAGCCGUACUAUAGUGGUGCAUCGAGAGUUUCGUUUUCGGGGUUGAAGACAUUGGUUCUUGGUUUGUGUAUGUUUUUAUUGACUGGUUUGUGAUUUUGAAUUUUUUUUUUUUUUGGGAGUUUGGUUUGUGACACUGCAGCAUUCAUGGUGAAAAAACCAGGCAUGAUUUUUAAUCCUUUUUAUUUAUUUAUUGGUUGUUGUUGUAGAGGGGUGUGGUAUUAUUAAUAUUAAUAUUACGAUAAACCCCUGAACUUAGGUCAAAUUAUGAAAAACUCCCCCAUUUAUCUGUAAUUAUCAAAAUCCCUCUGAUGAUUGUUUAUGUC